AUGAGUAAAGAGACGCUGCGAGUCGUUUUAGAGAUAAUCGAGACUGUGAUGAAAAAAAGCGAUGCUCUGUCUGGCGCAACUGAUACUUUACCUCCCCUUAUGUCAAAUCUCAAGAUAGAGAAGAAAACAGACGACCCUUCUGGACUGCAGCAGGAGGAGGAGGAGGAGGAGGAGGAAGAGCAGGAUUCGAGCGAGUACGCCGAGUCUCUUCUUGGUUUUCUCCAUGAACCUACUGUAGAUUUUGUGAACGAAGCAUGCGACACGGAGGAGGAGCGUCAUAGGGCUAUGAAGUCCAUCUGCAGAUUGGUUGCAAGUCUUGAAUCGGAAGCUGCUCGUGAUCUUGAGGAAUUCGAGGCAUCCAUCCCUGAGAAUCCUCAAGAAUGGACACGAGAGAUGUCGGAGUAUAUGUACGAAAAGGAAAAGGAGGAGGUGAGGAAUUUCGAAGAGCAGCAGUUGGCUUUGGAGAAGAAGAAGCGGAUACAAAAGCGAUUGGAUAAAACAUAUCGAAGAAGACGGAAAAUUGCGAAGAAGACAAGUAAAAGAGAGAGAGAGUGCUCAAGUGGCUUGGCUUGA